AUGCGAUCCUUCCCCGCCAUUCUAAGCGCCGUCGUGCUCGCCAUCUCAGGCGCUCGUCUCGUACAGGGAUUGCCUGCACCUGAAAUCAACGGCACGAUGCUGCAAGAGAGAGCCAGCGGAGCUGCCGGCUUCCUUUCGGCCACCUUCCUCGGCGACGUACCCCACGUCUAUCUUCACUACUCCAAGGCCAGUGCGCCUGUCACUUUCAGUGCCGUGUCGGGUUCCAAGGGCGAGCUGGUACCCACCCUGGGUACGAAAGGUGCCCGUGAUCCUUACAUUUUCCAGAACCGAGUCAACGGAAAGUUCUACAUCCUGGCGACGGAUCUGGACAUCGGCAAGACUAACUGGGGCGAUGCCCAGUCGCACGGCUCGCGUAGCAUCCACGUCUGGGAGUCGAGCGACGGUGUGAACUGGUCGACCGAGCGACUGGUGCAGCUGAUGGAUUCAACGGCGGGAUACGUGUGGGCGCCGUCCGCCACGUGGGAUCCUGCGGCUAACGCUUAUGCCGUUUUCUGGGCAUCGCAGACGUACGCAGCUUCGGACACUGGUCACACUGGAACGCCCACAGGUCCGUUUGUCUACUAUUCGCACACGACGGAUCUGGUCAACUUUACCACGCCCAAGCGAUGGGAGAGUGCCAACUUCGGCAACAAGGUGAUUGACCAAGAGAUCCUCGAUCUGGGCAACGGCAACAUGGUUCGAUGGUACUCGGACGUCAGCGGCGGCACAGGCGUGGUGAUGGACAAGACGUCCGGGGGGCUCUUCGGCACGUGGCAGCGCAUCGGUAAGCCGGUCAACGUGGUGUGGGAAGGACCUGCGAUCCAACGUGACAUCCUCAACCCUUCCAAGUUCUACUUGUGGGAGGACAACUACGGCGGACCUGGCUACUCGUGUUUCCAGACGACCGAUCUCUACACCAUCCCCUACGCCGCCUGCGACCCGGCUCUCUCUCCUUCCGGCAUGCGCCACGGGGCUGUGGUGCAGGUGGACCAAUCGGUGCUCUCCGGCCUCGAGUCUGCUUGA